AUGGAGUGGAAGUAUUUGACGGCGGUGACUGGCAACUGCUCCUAUUCGCGAGCCCAAGAUCUGGUCCUGCGCACCCUAAAUCGCUCCUUGGAGCUCCAGAACCGUGGUCUGGCAGCCAUCCUGCUGAAAGCCGAUGGCACGGCCUUCGGGUCUCCGGAAAAUCGUAUUUCCUUGGGAAGUCGCGGCGACUCCUUUUACGAGUAUCUUCUCAAAGACAGCCUGUUUUCUGGACAGGAGGCCGAUCCAUUGGCAUGGACGUUAUGGAAUUCCUUCAGGCGCAAGCUCCCGGACCUUCUGGUGGAAGUCGAUCCGAAGCUGGCGGCGAAGGCCCGAACGAAGCGGCGGCGGAAGCAGAAGCCAGACGAGGCACCACGAGGAUUGGGAGGAUCCCGUGGUGGAUGGUAUGAAACCUGGCGCGAGUGGCCCACGCCGUGGUUGUUUGUCAAGGAGGUUUCCCUCAGCCAAACAAUUCCGAAAAUGGACCAUUUGAUAUGUUUCCUUCCCGGAGCUCUUGCGCUUGAGGUAUUGCAUGAGCGAAGCCCAGACAACCGCAAAAGCAGGGUCGAUCUGAUUUUAGCUCACAAGCUUGUCGAGACUUGCGUUCACACGUACUGGCGCACUGUGUCCGACUUGGCCCCGGAGAUCACGCGGUUCAAUGCGUUGGGGUUGGUGGAUGACUUGGGUUCGAUGCACAACAUCCUCCGGCCUGAGACGAUAGAAAGUCUGUUUGUUCUGUGGAGGACUACGAAGAAGCAAGUCUACAGAAAUUGGGGCCAGCGAAUGCUGUGCGCCUUCUACCGCUCGAAGACGCCGUUUGGAUUCGCCAGCUUGCACAACGUCAAUCAACCAUCGAAGAUGCGUGAUGACAUGCCGUCGUUCUUCGUAGCUGAGACUCUGAAGUAUUUGUUCCUGCUUUUUUCCGAUGAUGCUGCCUUGCCGCUGGACCAGUUUGUCUUGGGAACUGAAGCACAUCCGCUGCCCAUCCUCCACACCUUGGAACAAAACGGAUCAUCGUCUUGGCCAUGCGGAAGAGGGGACAUCUUCACGCAGCAAGAGCAUGGGGCUCUCCUGCAAGCAGAGGAGCCUGCGCCGGAGCCCGCCACGGAGCUUCGCAGCGAGCUUCCCGACGAGCGGAGCAGUGAGCCCGUUUCUUCGCAGAGCGACGGCACGCCCACGAGCGUCGCAUCAUCCGAAGAGGUCCAAGCAGAAGCCAAGGUUUGCGACCGAGAGCGUCUCCAAGAACUUGCGCUCCGGAUCCAGGAGCUGCAGCAUGAGCUGCGGGAGGAGCAUGCCUCGUGCUCAGAUGCAGGCGAUCCAACCUGCUGGGUUGGCGGCUACAGUUACCAGGAGUGCUGCAUUCCGCCGCCCGGAAACCCGCUGUGCUGGGAUGCAGACUUCACUUAUGCGCGCUGCUGCAGGUGA